AUGGCGCAAUUAAGCACCUGAAACCAGCUGCUUAAAUCACAGGGAGGAAAUCAGUAUAAUAGAGAUCUGUUGACCAACAAGGAGACGAAAACUGCAACAAACAUUAUGGAGUUUUUUGCAACAGUGAGCAUAGCAGGGGUUAUCUUAGCUCUGCUUUGGUUACUUAGUGUGAAAAACAGCAGGAAGUAUUGUUUACCUCCAGGACCUACAGCACUCCCUCUCAUAGGAAACCUGCCACAACUGGACAAAUAUACACCUUUUAAAAGCUUUGUCAAGUUAAGUGAAAAAUAUGGUCCUGUGAUGACAAUGUACCUGGGUUGGCAACGGGCGGUUGUUCUAGUAGGAUACUAUGCAGUGAAGGAGGCCUUGGUGGAUCAGGCAGAUGAAUUCACAGGGAGAGGGCCCUUUCCAUUUCUGAUCAAAGCUACUCGUGGCUAUGGUUUGGGGGUCAGUAAUGGAGAGCGCUGGCGUCAGUUGCGACGUUUCACCCUGACAACCCUGAGAGACUUUGGGAUGGGACGCAAAGGGAUGAUGGAGUGGAUCCAAGAAGAGAGCAAACACAUGAGGGACCAGAUAGAUACAUUUAAAGGUGCGCCCUUGGACCCGACUUUCUUGUUUAGCUGCUCUGUGUCCAAUGUGAUCUGCUGCCUGGUGUUUGGCCAACGGUUCAAUUCUGAUGACAAGCAGUUCAUGCGCCUCCUCACCAACAUUCCUGAAGUGAUGAGAUUUAUAAGCAGCCCUCUGGGUCAGAUGUACAAUCUCUUUCCCUGGCUCAUGGAGCGUCUGCCCGGCCGCCAACAUACAGCUUUUGCCUAUGUUGAAGAGGUGAGAGCGUUUAUCAAGACAAAGAUCCAAGAGCACGAAGAAACACUAGACCCCAGCUGCCCUAGAGACUACAUCGACUGCUACCUCAUCCGAAUGAAUCAGGAAAAGGACAAUCACAUGUCUGAGUUCCACUAUGACAACUUGGUGUCUACAGUGUUGAAUCUGUUCAUGGCAGGAACAGAAACCACCAGCACAACACUCAGAUAUGCUCUAGCUGUGUUGAUCAAAUACCCCGACAUGCAGGAGAAAAUGCAGCAAGAGAUCAACACUGUGAUUGGACAAGAGCGUAGUCCCAAUAUGGAGGACAGGAAGUCCCUCCCUUUCACAGAUGCAGUAAUCCAUGAGGUGCAGCGUUUUCUGGACAUUGUCCCAUUUAGCCUCCCUCACUACGCACUCAAGGAUAUCUCUUUCAGAGGUUACACAAUCCCCAAGGACACUGUCAUCAUUCCUCUGUUACACUCUGUGCUGAAAGAGGAAAAGCAAUGGGCAACUCCCUCCUCUUUCAACCCACAGCACUUCUUGGACCAGAAUGGCAACUUUAAGAAAAAUCCAGCAUUUGUGCCAUUCUCCGCAGGUAAAAGAGCCUGUGUCGGAGAAUCACUGGCUCGAAUGGAGCUUUUCAUCUUCUUAGUGUCACUGUUGCAGCAUUUUACAUUUUCCUGCCCCGGAGGCCCUGACAGUAUAAACCUCAUCCCAGAGUACAGCAGCUUUGCCAAUUUGCCACGUAGGUAUGAGGUCAUUGCCACGCCACGGUGAAACGCACGGUUUACCAUUGCUUGAAGCUCUGAGACACUCACCACAACCUCUAUACAACACGCACUGCUGUAUAGAGACUCAAAAUUUAAGCAAACUGUGUCUCUUAUCCAUUAGGAUGAAUCCUCUUUUCUUUUUUCUU